AGAGAGAGAGAGAGAGAGAGAGAGAGAGAGAUGGCAGCACUGGAAACCAGUACAUUCUCAGAAGCAUUUUCAAUGAAAGGUGGAGAUGGCCCUGACGGCUAUGCGAAAAACUCUACGUUCCAGAGAGGAGUUGUGGAUGCUACCAAAGAACUUCUAAGCAAGGCAAUUGCAGAAAACCUCGAUAUCGAAAUCUUAUCGUCGUCCAAAACCUUUACCAUUGCAGAUUUGGGUUGCUCUGUUGGUCCUAACACAUUUUAUUCUGUCCAAAACAUACUUGAAGCCGUGGAGUACAAGUGCCAAACCCAAGGGCUGAAUGCUCAAAUCCCGGAAUUUCAAGUCGUUUUUAAUGACAAUACUCCGAAUGAUUUUAAUACGCUCUUCAAAUCCCUCCCCCAGGACAGGCGAUACUAUGCAGUGGGCGUGCCUGGCUCUUUCUACGGUCGCCUAUUUCCUAAUGCUUCUGUUCAAGUUGUUCACUCCUCAUAUGCCAAUCACUGGCUUUCUAGAGUGCCAAAAGAAGUAGCAGACAGAAAUAGUCCGGUGUGGAACAAAGGACGAAUUCAUUACUCAAAUUCGACCGAUGAAGUACUAAAGGCUUAUGAAGCUCAAUACGCCGAGGACAUGGAGUGCUUCUUAAAUGUCAGGGCACAAGAGAUUGUUUACGGAGGACUGAUGGUGCUUAUCAUCAUAGGCCGCCCUGAUGGUACCCCUCAUUCUCUUUCUCAGGCAAAUAUGACCUUCCAAAUUUUAGGAUCUUGCCUCGUUGACUUGGUUAGAAAGGGAAUAGUUGAUGAAAAGAAAGUAGACUCUUUCAACCUACCUAUGUACUCCAUGUCUCCCGGAGAAGUGGAAGCUGCGGUAGGACGAAAUGGAUGUUUUAGCAUGGAGAAAAUAGAGAACUUACCUGCUUUCGCACCACCGGACAAUGUCUCUAAAGCCAAACUGCUUGCGACUCACAUGAGAGCUGCAAUGGAAGGAGUCGUCAAGCAGCACUUCGGAGAAGAAAUCUUAGACGAGGUCUUUGACUUAUACCGCAAGAAAAUUGAAGAGCAAUCCUCGAUCUUUGAUGCAGGAAAGUCGAUUAGCUUUCUCGUUGUGCUUAAACGCAAGACUUAGAGAUUGGAACUUAUAUUAUGUUUGGAGUCAUGGGAUAAUCUUCCCAUUAGCUUCUAAAUGAUGUAGUUUCCACCGUUCUGUUUUUCAAUUUCCUGUUGUAAUCUUCUAAGCGUUUAUACCGUUCUGUCUUUUAUGGGGUGAUUUUGUAGGAAACACGUCUGUUCACAACCGUUUCUUCAA